AUGAGGAAUUACAGAACAUCAGUUCUUGUUGUACUAAGUUUGGUAAUAAUUCUUAGUGGGCAGGGCAGUUUUGUGGCACGAGCCGGCGUCCAGAGCAAGGUUCGUAUAGUGUAUUUGGGUGAGAAGCAGCAUGAUGAUCCCGAGUUUGUUACGGAAUCUCAUCAUCAGAUGUUGCGGUCAAUUCCUGGAAGUAAAGAGGAUGCUCAUGAUUCAAUGUUCUCUUUGGUGACAGAUUUACCUGAAGUUGUUUAUGUCGUACCGAAUAGUUUCUACGAGCUGUCAACAUCUCGGACUUGGGACUACUUGGGCCUUUCUUCUGCCAAUCCCAAGAAUCUUCUAAAUGAAACUAAUAUGGGUGAACAAAUUAUCAUCGGCAUUAUCGACACAGAUACAAAUAGUCUCUAUGACCAAUAUGUUUUUGUUGUUGUAGGAGUAUGGCCUGAAUCUGAAGUAUUUAACGACAGCGGGAUUGGUCCUGUGCCGAGCCACUGGAAAGGAGGCUGUGAAUCAGGAGAGAUGUUCAAUGCCUCUCAUUGCAAUAAAAAUCUUAUAGGAGCCAAAGACCUUGAUGGUCAUGGCACACAUGUUGCCACCAUCGCCGACGGUUUAUUUGUGACCGACAUAAGCUACAAGGGCCUAGCUGGAGGGACUGUGAGAGGUGGAGCACCGCAUGCUCAUAUAGCAAUGUACAAGGCUUGUUGGUAUGUGGAUGAUGAAGGCCUAUUAACUUGUUCAUCUGCUGACAUCUUGAAAGCUAUGGACGAGGCUAUUCAUGAUGGUGUUGAUGUUCUGUCUCUCUCUCUAGGCUCUUGGGUUCCUCUUUAUGGCGAAACUGAUAUUCGCGAUACAAUAACCACUAGAGCAUUCCAUGCAGUCUUAAAGGGUAUCACAGUUGUUUGUGCUGGUGGUAACUCUGGCCCUGAGGCUUAUACCGUGACCAACACGGCUCCUUGGAUCGUGACUGUGGCUGCAACCACUCUAGACCGAUCAUCUGUUGUGAAGAUACAGCCUUCUAAAACACUUGUUGGACAACCAGUUGGUACAAAGGUGGCAACUUUCUCAUCAAGAGGGCCUAAUUCGAUUCAAUCUGCGAUCCUCAAACCAGAUAUAGCAGCACCAGGAGCGAGCAUAUUGGCGGCUACAACCACUCACUCCACUUUCAAUGAUCAAGGUUUCAUGAUGAUGUCUGGAACAUCAAUGGCAGCUCCUAUUUCAGGAGUUGUUGCACUUCUCAAAGCUCUGCACCGUGAUUGGUCUCCUGCUGCCAUUGAUCACGUAUUCAAUUACUCUGCAGCUUGGAGAACUGAUCCAUUUGGAGAGCAUAUUUUUGCUGAAGGGUCACCUCAGAAGCUAGCUGAUCCGUUCGACUAUGGUGGAGGCCUUGUGAAUCCAGAGAAAGCUGCAAACCCAGGUCUUGUAUAUGACUUGGACGUUGAAGACUAUGUUCUCUACAUGUGCUCUGUUGGUUACAACGAUUCAUCAAUCUCUCAGCUUGUCGGUAAUGGAACAGUCUGGCUCGAAUCCCAGACCAUCAGUUCUUGA